CCCUUGUGUCAUCUCAGUAGGAAUCGGCUUUUUCUUACCCUGCUCAGAGCUUUGUUCCUCCUCAGACUCUGACAAGACUCCAGGAAACCAAGAUGGAUUACAGCUCGUUUAGUGGAGUUCCCCGGUUCUUAACCCGGCCUAAGGCCUUUAUGGUGUCUGUGGGGAAGGAUGCCACCUUGAGUUGCCAGAUCAUUGGAAAUCCCAUCCCAGUUGUGAGCUGGGAAAAGGAUAAACUUCCAGUCCAGUCAGGAGGAAGGUUUAAAACUACAGAAGAUGGGGAUCUCUACCGGCUAACAAUCUAUGACCUGAGCCUAGAGGACAGCGGCCAGUACAUCUGCCGGGCCAAGAACACCAUUGGGGAAGCUUUUGCAGCUGUCAGUAUCAAAGUUGGAGAGGAGACCACAGUAACAGAGUCAGCCCCAUACUUCAUCCAGAAACCCACCUCCAUCAAAGUAACUUUGGGAGAAGAUGCCAUGUUCAAAUGCAAAGUUCAGGGCAGCCCGCCCCUUGCUGUGAACUGGGAGAAAGAUGGGAGACACCUCCGGAACCGGGCUGAUGCCAGCCGCUUCCAGAUUGAGUCCGCUGGGGAGUCAAACGCGCUCACCAUCCAGUGUACCCGGCUCGGGGACAGUGGCACAUACACGUGCCGAGCAGAGAAUCCCAUCGGCUCUGCCAGUGCUUCUGCUGCACUGGUCGUGGAAACUCAGGGCUCUCAUAACCCGGGCAGCAGCAGCUAUUUCGACACCAGCUGCGGCAAGACCGUCUCCUUGUUGUCUCACUUGCAAAAGAGGCGAGAGGAGAUCAGGACCAAAGGGGCCCGCAACGCAAUGUUUGGGGCGCUAACACGCACGUGCAGCGUGACUGAGGGGAAACACGCCAAGCUGAGCUGCUAUGUGACAGGGGAGCCCAAGCCAGAGAUCGUGUGGAAGAAGGACAACGAGGUCAUUUUGGAAGGGCGGCGGCAUGUCAUCUAUGAGGAUGACCAGGAGAACUUUGUGCUGAAGAUCCUCUUUUGCAAGCAGGUGGAUAAUGGGCUGUAUACCUGCACAGCCUCCAACCUUGCAGGCCAGACCUACAGCUCUGUGCUGGUCACUGUCAAAGAACCCUCAAUACCCUUCAAGGAAAAGCUGAAGGAUCUUGAAGUUCGGGAGAAAGAAUCUGCCACCUUCCAAUGUGAGGUGCCUGUUCCUAGUACAGAAACGGCUUGGUUCAAGGAGGAAACCAAACUCCAGCAGAGUAAGAAAUACAACAUUGAAGAAGAGGGCACGUAUCGCCGGCUCACUGUCCAGGAUGUCACCACAGAUGAUGAUGCUGUCUAUAUCUGUGAGAUGAAAGAGGGGAGCAGGACAAUCGCAGAGUUGUCUGUCCAAGGGAACAUCAUUAAAAAACUUCCAAGAAAGACUGCAGUGCACGUAAAUGAUACAGCCAUCUUCUGUGUGGAGCUGGACAAUGAAUGCCAGAACAUCCGCUGGCUGAAGAAUAAAGAAGAAGUGAAACCCAGCGAUCGAAUCACCAUCGCAUGCUCUGGCAAGCAACACACCAUGAUCAUCCGAGAGUGUAAUAUGGAAGAUGCUGGUGAGAUUGCCUUCCUGGCUGAUGAAAGCAGAACUUCUACUCAGUUCACUGUGACCACACCCAAAAAACCUCCCAUGCAACCCCCAGUCGACCCUGUGGUGAAAAAUAAAACAGAAACCUCAGUGACGCUAGCAUGGUCCCCUCCAAAGAUGGACUACCCCCUUCCAAUCGAUGGCUACGUAGUGGAACGCAAGAAGCUAACUGGCUUUACCUGGGUGAGGUGUCAUGAGUCUCCUGUGCCUGUCCCAGAGUUCACGGUGAGCAACCUGUCAGAAGAGGCUGACUAUCAAUUCCGAGUAUCUGCAGUCAACACAUAUGGACAGAGCCCCUAUCUGGAAUUCCCAGGAAGCCUGCACCUUGCACCGGUCCUGGCUGUGAAAACCCCACUAACAACUACUGAAGCUGUACCUGGAGGGGAUGCCACAUUUACUGUUGACCUUACAACGACUUGUUCUGGCACUUGGUACCUUAACGGUAAAGUCUUACAGGAAAGUGAGACCUGUAUCAUUAAGAAAACUCAAACUACUCACACUCUGAUCAUAAAGAACGUCACCAAGAACGAUGAUGGAGCAGAAGUGAAAUUUGUCACCGGUAAUGUUAAUACCAGCACCAACAUGAGAGUGAGAGGUACUCCAGUGAGAUUUACCAACAAGAGCAGAGAUGUGGAAAAGGUCUCUGCUCGACUGCGUGAGGAAGCCAAGCUUCAGGCUGACCUUUCAGAUGCAGAUGCUACUGUGAAGUGGAUGAAGGAUGGGAAAGAGCUCGCGACCAGUGAAAAAUAUGAACGUCAAACUGUGGGGAACCGGCGCAUCCUGAGAAUUCACAACAUUGAAACAGAAGAUGCUGGAGUUUAUGAGUGCAUCUGUGAAGGGGAUAAAAUGAUCUAUCAGCUUUCAGUGAAAGCACUUGCAACCUUCAUAAACAAAGAGAAAACUGGAGGAAUUAUCAGAGUCAUUACUGGAAAACAGGCUGAAUUUGUUUCUGAGACCUCUGAAGCCAACAUCAUGGUUAAGUGGUACAAAGAUGGCAAAGAAAUCAAGGCAAGCAAGAAAUUCACUAUGGAAGAUAAGGGGAAGCUACAUAAGCUUGUGGCUUCGGCUGUGAUGGAAGAAGAUGAGGGAACAUACACAUGCAAAAUUGGAGAUGACACUCUUACUUUUGAUUUAAAAGUCUCAGAUGAACCUGUCAAGUUUGUAAACAAGCCGCAAAUAACUCCCGAAAUAUCAUUCAGUCCUUCUGAGAACCUUGAGCUGGUAUGUGAGGUGUCAGCAGCAAGAGGAGCUGUGAUAUGGAAGAAGGAUCAAACCGAGAUUAAGCAGGACCAGAGAACGACAGUCACCUCUCAGGGAAGACAUCAUAAGCUCAUCAUCAAGAAUGUGACUCAGCAAGAGCAAGGGAGCUAUACCUGUGAAACAAAUGACGACAAAGUAACAUUCCAAGUCAAAGUCAGAGAGCCCGAAGAUGUCUUUACAAACAAGGACAAGGUGCAGAAGGAGGUGCAGGCAGCCCUCAAAGAGAACGCCACACUGAGCUGCGAGGUGGCCCAGGAGAAGACCGAGGUGAAAUGGUACAAGGAGGGGAAGCUGAUCACCUCGAGCAAGAAGUUCAAGGUGGAGUCAGAGGGCAGAUCGCGGCGGCUGGUGGUGGGUCAGGUGGAAAAGAAAGAUGCUGGCGAGUACACCUGUGAGGCUGCUGGCCAGAAGCUGACCUUCAAGGUUGACGUCACAGCAGAUGAUGUAUUUGACCACAAAGACAAAGUGCAGAAGGAGGUGCAGGCAGCCCUCAAAGAGAACGCCACGCUGAGCUGCGAGGUGGCCCAGGAGAAGACCGAGGUGAAAUGGUACAAGGAGGGGAAGCUGAUCACCUCAAGCAAGAAGUUCAAGGUGGAGUCAGAGGGCAGAUCGCGGCGGCUGGUGGUGGGUCAGGUGGAAAAGAAAGAUGCUGGCGAGUACACCUGUGAGGCUGCUGGCCAGAAGCUGACCUUCAAGGUUGACGUCACAGAGCCCGAAGAUGUCUUUACAAACAAGGACAAGGUGCAGAAGGAGGUGCAGGCAGCCCUCAAAGAGAACGCCACGCUGAGCUGCGAGGUGGCCCAGGAGAAGACCGAGGUGAAAUGGUACAAGGAGGGGAAGCUGAUCACCUCGAGCAAGAAGUUCAAGGUGGAGUCAGAGGGCAGAUCGCGGCGGCUGGUGGUGGGUCAGGUGGAAAAGAAAGAUGCUGGCGAGUACACCUGCGAGGCUGCUGGCCAGAAGCUGACCUUCAAGGUUGACAAGGAGGUGCAGGCAGCCCUCAAAGAGAACGCCACGCUGAGCUGCGAGGUGGCCCAGGAGAAGACCGAGGUGAAAUGGUACAAGGAGGGGAAGCUGAUCACCUCGAGCAAGAAGUUCAAGGUGGAGUCAGAGGGCAGAUCGCGGCGGCUGGUGGUGGGUCAGGUGGAAAAGAAAGAUGCUGGCGAGUACACCUGCGAGGCUGCUGGCCAGAAGCUGACCUUCAAGGUUGACGUCACAGAGCCAAAACCUGCAUUUAUAAACCAGGAGAAGGUCCAGAAAGAGGUGCGUGCUGUCCUGACAGAAAAUGCCACCCUCAGUUGUGAGGUAGCACAGGACACAAUGGAAGUGAAAUGGUACAAGGAUGGAAAAUUGCUCAUUUCCUCCAGAAAAUUCAAAAUAGAGACUGUGGGCAAAACCCGUCGUCUGGUUGUAGAGCAGCUGGAGAAGAAAGAUGCUGGAGAAUACAUCUGUGAGGCUGCAGGCCAGAAGCUGACCUUCAAGAUUGAACCUACUGAACCAGAGGCUAAAUUUGAAAACAAGGUUGUCCAGAAGGAGCCCCUCAUUGUUCAAGAACAUGAAAGCAUCACUCUGACUACUUCAGUAACGCCUGAAACUGCUCCGGUCAAGUGGCUGAAGGAUGGAAUGGAAAUCAAGGCGAGCAAGAAGUAUGAGAUCAAGAGCAAGGGGGCUUCCCGGACUCUGACAGUGAACCUGUCUGAGAGCACGGACACUGCUGUGUACACCUGCUGCACAAAGAGUGACAAGCAGGAAUUCCAAGUGCAGGUGAAAGAAAUCCCAGUAAAGUUUGCCAAAAAACUGGAAGCUGUUAAUGCCGAGCUUGGAGGCAGUGUUUCUCUGACCUGUGAUGUGAGCCAUGCCAAAGGCAAGGUGGUAUGGCGCAGGAAUGGAGUUGAGAUCAAGCCCAGCAAGCGUUUCCAGAUUAAUGAGGAGGGGGUAAAACGAACCUUGACAAUAACAGGGAUCCGGGCAGAGGAUGAAGGAGAAUAUUCCUGUGAGUCCAGAGAUGACAAGAGCAGCAUUAUGAUCACCCCCAAAGCACCCAGAGUGGUGAAAUUCAUUGCAAAUCUCAAUAGCGUGGUCUCUGAGGAAGGAAAAGAGGCUGUGUUCAAGUGUACCGUCUCUCCCAGUGAUGCUGUGGUUACAUGGCACAGGAAUGGUGUCAAGAUUGAAGCUAGCAAGAAGUAUGUGAUCUUGCAGAAAGACAGCAACCACAGCCUCACAAUCACUGAUCUGACGGUGGAAGAUGCAGCUGAAAUCUCUGCCAAUGCUGAGGGUGUAGAAAGCAGAGCCAAUCUCAAGGUCCGAGAGGCCUCGGUCUCAUUCAAGAAGAAACUGGAGCCCAGAACAGUUGAAGAGAGGGACACAGUUACCCUGGAGGUGGAGCUGACCAAGCCUGCAGAGGUGAAGUGGAUGAGGAACAAAAUUGUGUUGAAGCCCAGUGAAAAAAUAGAGAUCAAAGCUGAGGGAACGAAGCAUAUGCUGGUGGUUAAGGACAUCUCCUUUGCAGAAAGGGGCUUCUACUGCUGUGAGAGUCCUGAUGACAAGACCCAAGCCAAGAUUAAUGUGGAAAUGAGACAGAUAAAGCUGGUGAAAGGUCUUCAGCCCCUCGAAGUCUGCGAGAAAGGGACUGUCACCUUUGAGGUGGAAGUGUCGCACGAGGAUGUGGAAGGAACCUGGCAGAAAGAUGGUGUUCGGCUGAAGCCUUCCCCAAAUAUCCACAUCGAUGUCUUGGGGAAGAAACAUUCACUGACUCUCUCUUCUGUGAACCUUGAAGACGCAGGACUCAUCGCCUUUAAGGCAGAUGGCAUUCAUUCAUCUGGGAGGCUUACUGUGACAGAAUUGCCUGUGAGAAUCAGCAAGCCUUUGUCAAACACCAGUGUAACUCAGAAGGACAAGGUCACAUUUGAGUGUGAGCUGUCCAGGCCCAAUGUGGAUGUUAAGUGGUUCAAGGAUGGGAAGCAGCUUCAGCAAAGUAAAAAGGUGGGGAUUAUUUCCCAGGGAACUAAAAGAAGCCUUAUUAUUCACAAGUGUGAAUAUGAAGACCAAGGAACAUACGUAUGUGAAGCAGCUGACGACAAGACAUCAGCUACCCUAGAGGUUCAUGCCCGAGAUAUCAAGAUUAUUAAACCGCUGGAAGACGUGGAAGUGAUUGAAUAUGAGAGCGCAUCUUUUGUCUGUGAGAUUUCACAUGAUGAGGUCCAAACCCAGUGGUACAAAGAUGGCAACAAGCUGAAGGCUACUGACAAUAUUAAAAUGCGUCAAGAUGGUAGGUCCUAUUCACUGACUUACUUGCGCGUGCAAGUCGAGGAUGCUGCAGAGAUCAAAUUUGUAGCAGAAAAGGCAGAGUCUUGUGCCCACCUUACAGUAAAAGAGCUGCCUGUAAAAAUUGUGAAGCCUUUGCGAGAUAAGAUUGCUCUUGAAAAGCACCGUGGAUUCCUAGAAUGCCAAGUGUCUCGUGCCAGUGCCAGAGUGAGAUGGUAUAAGAAGGAUGUUGAAAUUCACCCUAGUGACAAAUAUGAAAUUGUGAGCGAUGGUGUCUAUCGGAAACUCAUCAUCAAUGACGCAGAUUAUGAAGAUGAGGACACGUACACUUGUGAUGCCUUCGAUGACAAAAGCAGUGCUCAUUUCUUUGUUGAAGAGCAAUCCAUUAGCAUUGUAAAGGAGUUGUGUGAUGAGGAUGUGACUGAGCCUGAAGAAGCCAGAUUUGAAUGCGAGAUAUCCAUUCCAUCUGUGAAACCCCCAAAAUGGUCUCUGCGUGGAGAGGUCUUGCAGGCUGGCAGAAACAUUGUCAUACAACAAGAAGGCACCAUCCACCGGCUGGCCCUGCUGAAAACCAGUGCUGAUAUGACAGGCAUCAUUCAGUUCUCAAUUGGCAAAUCAAAAUCCACAGCAAACCUGCUUGUCAGAGAUUACAAUGUACAGAUCACAAGGAAGAUGGAAAAUAAGAUAGUUUUGGAACGUCAUUCAGUCAUCCUGUCAUGUGACUUCAAGCCUUCUCCAAAGCUUGUGAAAUGGUUCAAGGGCUCCACAGCCAUUGAGCCCUCUGAGAAGUACAAGAUCAAGCGGGAGCAGCAUUCAGCAGAGCUCAGGAUCCUGAAGGUGAAGCCUGAAGAUGCAGGUGUGUACAGGUGCAGGGCAGGAAAUGCAGAGACCGAAGCCACGCUGACGGUUGAAGCCCGCAAUGUAGAAAUAAUCAAACACCUGCAAGACGUGGAAACUGAAGAAGAGAGUUCUGCUGUGUUCUCGUGCGAGCUGUCCCACGAUGAUGAGGACGUGGAAUGGUUCUUGAAUGGCACCCUCCUUUAUACUAACAAUUUCAAUGACAUCAAGAACGUUGGCAAUUGCUACACACUAACGAUGAAACAAGUCAAGCCUGAGGAUGCUGGCACCGUGACAAUGAAGUCAGACAAGGUGUCAGAGAGUGCACGUCUGAAGGUGAUAGAGAAGCCUGCUGUCUUCAUGAAGUCAUUGGACGAUGUUUUUGGCGAGGAGCGAGGUGUGAUUAAACUGGAAUGUGAGGUCUCCAAAGAGAAGGUCAAACCCGUUUGGAAAAAGGAUAAUGUGGAGCUCACUUCUGGCAGCAAAUACGAGCAGAUUCAGUCUGGGAAGACCCUCUGCCUCCUUAUCCGUGACCUCGAAAAGACAGAUGCAGGUUUAUACACUUGUGAUAUUGGCACUGAUGUUGCCAAGUCAAAGGUCAGUGUUCAGGAACUCAACAUUGGCAUAACCAAACGACUGAAGAAUACUGAAAUCCAGGAGGGAGAAGAUUGCACUUUUGAGUGUAUUUUGUCCCAUGAAAGCAUUGAUGACUUCCACUGGACACUGAAUGGGAGCAUAGUGGAAAGUGGUGGGCAAUUUGAAGUAUUUAACAUGGGUCGGAAAUAUACACUCAAUAUCAAAAAUGUGACUGUUGCUGAUGCUGGAGAAGUCAUUUUCACUGCCCGUGGUCUAACCUCCAAGGCCUCUCUGGUUGUGAAAGAAAAACCUGCAGAGUUUACAAAACAACUGGAGGAUAAAACAUCAGCAGCAGGGGAGGACGUCAGCCUGAGCUGCGAAUUGUCAAAACCUAAUGCAAGCAUUCGAUGGUACAAGGAUGGCAAAGCAAUCCGGAAAAGCCAGAAAUAUGACUUGCAGCAAGAGGGAACACAAGCCAUUCUGAUCGUCCGUGACUCCACAGUCAAAGACAGCGGGGAGUACCGCUGUGAGACCGAGGUCUCAAAAACUAAAGCUAGGAUCACGGUGCAAGAAAAACCCAAUUACUUUGUCGAGGAACUUUCAGAUAUGAAAGUCAAUGAAAGUGGAGUUGCAGUUUUUGUGUGCCAGAGUGAGAAAGCUGCAUCCUCUGUGAUCUGGAGGAAAGGCAUAGCAGAACUCAGGGCAAGCAAGAAAUAUGAGAUCACACAGAAAGGCAAACUCCUGCAGCUGACCAUAAAUAACUUGGAGAAAAACGACAGUGACACUUACACCUGCGACAUUGGUGAUGCCCAGUCCAGAGCGAAGCUAGUCGUGCAAGGCCAGAAAGUGCUAAUAACAGAAGACCUGGAAGAUGUCAAUGUAUUAGAAGGAGAAUCUGCCAUGUUCAAAUGCAGAAUCUCUCCCGUAGACUAUAGCAAAGUGCAGUGGUUUUUGGAUAAAACCCCACUCCAUACCAAUGAACUUAAUGACAUCCAGUCUCAGCCUGAUGGAUAUCACUUGCUAACCUUGAAAAAACUCUCACUGAAGGACUCUGGGGUCAUUACAUUUGAAGCUGGUGAUAAGAAAACAUCUGCCAAUUUGGUUGUUAAAGAGCUACCCGUUCUUUUCAAGCAAGAGCUCCAAAAUGAAGAAGCUAAAGAAGGAAAUCAAGUCAAACUGACCUGUGAGCUCAGCAAACCUGAUACGCCAGUGAAAUGGAUGAAAGGAGACACUGUUCUGUAUGCCAGUGAGAAGUAUGAGUUUAAGCAAAAUGGUACUGUGGCAGAACUCAUUAUUCGAGACGUCACGUCAGUAGACUCUGGGGACUAUACCUGCACCGCUGGGGACCUGAAGACUACUGCUCGGCUGAAAGUAAAUGCUCUGCCUGUCCUUUUCAAACAAACCCUUGAGAACACAGAAACGGAAGAGGGAAAGACUGUCUCUUUGCGCUGUGAACUCACAAAACCUGACACACCUGUGGUGUGGAAGAAAGGAGGAGCCGUGCUCCAGGCAAGUGCCAAAUACGAAAUGAAGCAGACGGGGACAGUGACAGAGCUGAUGAUUCAUGAUGCAGAGCCAGAAGAUGCGGGAAGGUACACCUGUGACACUGGAGACCAGCAGACCACUGCCCAAGUCAAAAUCCAUGCCAUCUGUGCGCUCAUCAAAGAAGAUCUUAAGAGCUCGGAAGCUUUGGAAGGGGGGACAGCCACCCUGCGCUGUGAGCUGAGCAAAGAGGCCCCUGUGGAGUGGAGGAAGGGGCACACUGUUCUCAGACCAAGUAAGAAGUACAGGAUGAAACGAGAGGGCACUGUGGCUGAACUGCUGAUCCGUGAUCUGGACUCAAAGGAUGCUGGAGACUAUACAUGCAUAGUGGGAAACGAAAAAACCACAGCAGCCUUAUCAGUGAAUGCCCUGCCAGUUCAUUUCAAAAAAGAACUGAAGAAUGAGGAAGCCACAGAGAGCGGAACAGCCACUCUGCAGUGCGAGCUGAGCAAGGCAGUUGACUCGGUUGAGUGGAGAAAGGACGAGAAGGUGCUGAUGCCAAAUGGCAAAUACAAAAUGAGACGGGAAGGCCGUUUUGCUGAGCUGGUAAUCCAGGAUCUAGACUCGUCAGAUGCUGGGAGUUAUACUUGUGCGUGUGGAGACCAGAAGACAACAGCUACUUUGCGAGUGAAUGCCUUGCCUGUCCUCUUCCAAGAAGAACUGGUGAACAAGGAAGCUACAGAGGGUGAAGCAGUCGCUUUGCACUGUAAACUCAGCAAGUCAGCCCCAGCUGAAUGGAGAAAGGGGCAGCAGGUUCUCAAGCCAAGUGAGAAAUACAAAAUAAAACAGGAAGGCCCCUUUGCUGAGCUGAUGAUCCAGGAUUUGAAUUUGACAGACGCUGGUGAUUACAGCUGCAUAUGUGGAGAUCAACAGACUACAGCUGCGGUGAUAGUAAAUGGUAAAAAGAAAUCCAAGACGCAUGCCUCAAUCCUGCCUACUCUUUUCGUCAAAGAACUGGCAGAUGAAGAAGCCACAGAAGGUAAAAGCGUCUCUCUGCACUGUGAGCUGAACAAGGCUGCCGCUGACGUGGAGUGGAAAAAGGGAUUCAAGACCCUCAAAUCAAGUGACAAGUAUAAAAUGAAACGAGAAGGUGUCAUUGCUGAGCUCGUAAUCCAAAACGUAGACACGACGGAUGCCGGAAAUUAUUCCUGUGUGUGCGGAGACCAGCAGACCAUGGCAGUUUUAACAGUACAUGCUUUACCUGCAUUUUUCAAAGAAGGAUUGAAGAACAGAGAAGCCACAGACGGUGCAACAGCCACUCUGCACUGUGAACUAAGCAAAGCUGGUGUCCCAGUGGAGUGGAAAAAAGGGGACAAGACUCUCAAACCAAGUGAUAAGUAUAGGAUGAGACAAGAAGAUACUUCUGCAGACCUAUUGAUACGAGAUCUGGAGGUAGAAGAUACAGGAGAAUAUACUUGUGUGUGUGGAGACCAGAAGACCUCGGCUGUAUUGACAGUCCAUGCUUUGCCUGCAUUAUUCAAAAAAGAACUCACUAAUGUGGAAGCCACGGAAGACGGGACAGCUACUCUGCAUUGUGAGCUAACUAAAUCCGCUCCAGUGGAGUGGAGGAAAGGGCAAAAAGUGCUCAAGCCUAGUGACAAGUACAAAAUGAGAAUGAAGGAUACCAUUGCUGAAUUGGCAGUCCAUGGCUUGGAGGAGCAAGAUGCGGGAGAUUACACAUGUGUGUGUGGAGACAAGACAACUACUGCGUCAUUGACAGUGCAUGCCUUGCCCGUACACUUCAAGGAAGAAAUGAAGAAUGAGGAAGCCACAGAAGGUGGAACAGCCACACUGCAAUGUGAGCUGUCCAGGCCUGCCUCUGUGGAGUGGAAAAAGAAACAUAAAGUGCUAACAUCAAGUGAGAAAUAUACUAUGAAGCAGGAAGGUACCACUACACAACUACUGAUCCAUGCUUUAGAAGUCAAGGAUGCUGGGGAAUAUACCUGCGUGUGUGGAGACAAGAAGACUACUGCAGCGCUGACAGUGCAUGCCCUUCCUGCUCUCUUCAAAGAAGAAUUAAGGAAUGAAGAAGCUACUGAGGGUGGAGUAGUCAGUCUGCGCUGUGAGUUGACCAAAACCGCUGCAGUGGAGUGGAAAAAGGGACACACAGUACUCAAACCUAGUGAGAAAUACAAAAUGAGGCAGAAGGAUGCCACUGCAGAACUGGUGAUCCAUAAUCUAAAUGAGAACGAUGCUGGCGAUUAUACUUGCGUGUGUGGGGACAAGCAAUCCACAGCUUCCUUAGCAGUAUACGCUCUACCUGCACGCAUUAAGGAAAGCCUGAAGGACGAGGAAGUAACAGAAGGCCGAACAGCCACUCUGUGCUGUGAGCUGACCAAGGUUGCUCAAGUAGAGUGGAGAAAGGGGAGCAAUUUGCUUAAAGUCAGUGACAAAUACAAAAUGAGACAGGAGGGCACAGUCACGAAGCUGCUUAUCCAUGACGUAGAAUUGAAGGAUGCUGGAGAAUACACUUGCGUGUGUGGAGAACAGGAGACAACAGCUGCCUUGAUAGUGCAUGCCCUGCCUGCAAUUUUCAAAGAAGAACUGAAGAACCUGGAGGCCAUGGAAAGCCAGACAGCCACUCUGCGCUGUGAGCUGACCAAGGCUGCGUCUGUGUCAUGGAAGAAAGGGAACAAAAUGCUCAGAGCGAGUGAAAAAUACAUCAUGCGGCAAGAUAAUGUUCUUGCUGAGCUUGAAAUUCGUGAGCUAGAUCUGCAAGAUGCGGGAGACUAUACCUGUGUGUGUGGGAACCAAUGCACCACUGCUUUUCUGACAGUGAAUGCCCUGCCAGUGCUUUUCAAAGAAGAACUGAAGAAUGAAGAAGGCAUAGAAGGAGCAUCAGUUUCUUUGUGUUGUGAGCUAAACAAAGCAGCUCCAGUGCAGUGGAAAAUAGGGUCCCAAGUGCUCAAAACAAGUGACAAAUAUCAAAUGAGACAAGCUGGCACUACUGCAGAGCUGGUCAUUCGUGACCUAGAAGUCAAAGAUGCUGGAGAUUACACCUGUGUUUGUGGUGACCAGAAGACAACAGCGACCUUAACAGUCCAUGCCCUGCCACCGCAUUUUAAGGAAGAGCUAAAGAAUAAGGAAGCAAAAGAAGGUGAAGAUGUCGUUCUGCACUGUGAGCUUACCAAAGCUGCUCCUGUGGAGUGGAGGAAGGACCAGAGGAUCCUUAAAGCAAAUGAGAAAUACAAAAUGAGGCAGGAAGGGACCAAGACAGAGCUGAUGAUUCAUGACAUAGCGGAGAAGGAUGCAGGAGAAUACACCUGUGUGUGUGGAGAGCACCAGUCUACAGCGGUUUUAUCAGUACAGGCUCUACCAGCACUUUUUAAGCAAGAGCUUCAGGAUACCAAUCCAGAAGAAGGUGGUACAGUGACUCUGAAGUGUGAGCUUACCAAACCCAAUGCUCUAGUGGAGUGGAGGAAAGGAGAUAUUACUCUCUACCCUGGUUUGAAAUAUGAGAUGAAGCAGCAGGGCUCCAUUACUGAGCUGGUCAUUCAUGACUUAGAACUGGAAGAUUCAGGAAAGUACACCUGUGACUCUGGACAUCAGCAGACAACGGCUGCUGUCACUGUACAUGCCCUGCCUGUCAUAUUUAAACAACCCCUUCAAAAUAAGGAAACUGAGGAAGGAAGUACAGCUACAUUGUGCUGUGAGCUAUCAAAACCCAAUGCUGCAGUGGAAUGGAGGAAAGGAGGAGUGGAGCUGCAGCCCAGCCAGAAAUAUGAAAUGAAGCAGAGGGAGUGCCUGGUAGAGCUCUUAAUACAUAAUCUCAAAUUGGAAGAUACAGGAGAAUACAGCUGUCAUACUGGGGAUCAGGAAACAAAGGCAUCUUUAAAUGUGAAAGCCUUGCCAGUCCUCUUCAAAAAGGAGCUCGAGGACAAGGAUGUGGAAGAAGGAUCUGCAGUAAAAUUCCAGUGUGAGCUGACAAAGGAUAAGGCAACUGUGGAGUGGAGGAAGGGCACCAUGGAGCUCUUCCCAUGUGCCAAAUACGAAAUUAAAUUAAACGGUCGCAUAGCUGAACUUGUGAUCCACAAUGUAGAACCAGAAGACGCCUCCGAUUAUACAUGUGAUACAGGAGACCAGCAGAGCACAGCAAUCCUCAGAGUGAAUGCCAUCAAACCUCAGCUGAAGCAACACCUUAAGAACGAGAAAGUGGAAAUGGGAGGAACGGCCAGGCUGCGCUGUGAGAUUACUGUAAGCAAAGCAGCAGUGGAGUGGAGCAAAGAUGGAGUCGUGCUUCAUUCAAGUUCCAAGUAUGAAAUGUGGGAGGACGGCACCAUCCGCGAAUUGCGUAUUCAUCACUUGGAGCCUAGUGACGCAGGAGAGUAUUCCUGCAAGGCUGGCGAUGACACAACCUCUGCAAAACUGACCGUGAAAGAGCCUGACGUGACCAUUGUGAGUGGCCUAAAGGACAUGGAGGUGUUUGAGGGGGACGACGUCACUUUUCAGUGCCAGGUUUCUCAUGAGAACGCAAGGGACGUUGAAUGGAAGCUACAGGAUGUUGCUCUACAAAACAAUGAAAUGAAUGAAAUCUCUGUAGAAAAAGGAAAGAUUCAUACCCUGACGUUAAGGAAGGUGACUGAGCAGGACAUUGGCAUGGUCGCUUUCCGAGUGGGACCACACACGUCUACAGCACAGCUCUCAGUGAAAGAACCAGCAGCAACCAUAGUGGAGACACUGAAGGACGUUACUUCGUAUGAAGGAGAAGAUGCAGUGUUUGAAUGCGAGCUGUCCCGGGAGACAACUCAAGACGCCCAGUGGUUCCUGGGGGAUGUUCCCCUGCAGUCCAAUGAAAUGAAUGAGAUCAGAGUUCAAGGGAAGCGUCACACUUUGAUCCUGAGGAAGGUGACGCUAGAAGACUGCGGGCCCAUCAGUUUCAAAGUCGGGCAGCAUACCUCAGGGGCCCAGCUAACGGUCAAAGCCAAGAACAGCAUUGUCCAGGGCCUGGAAAAUGUGGAAGCAGUGGAAGGAGGUGAAGCCCUCUUUGAAUGCUACCUUUCCAAACCCGAGUGCUACAAUUACAACUGGCUGAUUGAUGAUGAGCCUGCCAAAACUACUGAAAACACGGAGAUGGUUUACUUUGAAAAUGGGCGCAGGCACCUUCUUCUGCUGAAGAACCUAACUCCCCAGGACAGCUGCAGGGUGACUUUUAUGUGCAGCGAUGCAGUGACCUCUGCCUUCCUGACUGUGAAAGGGUGGCGCUUACGAAUCUUGCAGCCUCUCUCAGAUGUGGAAGUCUCUGCAGGGGACAAAGCUACAUUUAGUUGCGUUCUAAGUGAAGCAGUGCCAAUGAAUGAAGUUACCUGGUAUGCCAAUGACACAGAGAUCCAAACAAAUGAGGACUGGGAGGUGCAAGCAGAUGGAAAUAAGUACGAACUUAUUCUGAAAAAAGCCCAACCACAUCAUUCGGGAGAGGUGACCUUUGCUUCCAGGGAAGCAAUUACAUCAGCCAAGUUAGCUGUGAUCGCCCGCCCUGAUCCCCCUGAAGAACCAGAAGUUUUAAGUAAGAACAGUCACUCUGUAACUCUGUCUUGGUACAAGCCGCUGAGCGACGGUGGUUGUGACAUCCUAGGCUACAACGUUGAAAUGAAAAUCCCAGGUGUUGGCUGGCAGUCAUGCAGCAAGGGCAUGAUUCAAAACACAGAGCUUGUGGUGGACCAUCUCACCCCGGGCGAACCCUACCGAUUCCGCAUCUCAGCUAUAAACAAAGUCGGGGCCAGUGAGCCGGUGCACUUCCCUCAAAUGGUUCAGCUAGAGCCUCCACUUACAGUCACUCAUCCUUUGGUGGGAGGAUCAGUCUCAGAAGGGGAGGUGGCUCGCUUGGAGUGCAAAUUAUCAGCUGAAAUCCAAGAGACAGCAACAUGGCUCAAAGGAGAAGAACAAAUACAAGCUGGAGGGAGAUACGAAAUCCUCUCUGAUGGAAAAAAGCAGAUACUCAUCAUUCAUGCAUUUAAACCUGAAGAUCAAGACACGUACACCUGCAUGAUUUCUCCCGAAGUCAAAUCUGUUGCCAGCCUAUGUUUAGAAGUUCCUACUGUAGCAAUGCUAAAAGAGAUCGCCAGGGAAACAGCCCCUGCAAGCCAACUGGAAGAGCUGGUGGAUGAACAUGUCCAGCCCAGCUUGCCCCCUGAGGCUGCUCAGGAGGGAGACCUUCACCUGCUGUGGGAAGCUCUGGCCAAGAAACGCCGGAUGAGCCGGGAGCCCACCUUGGAUUCCAUCAGCGAGGUGCCUGAAGAGGAUGAGAAGCUUCAGAAGCUGAGGAAGGAAGAAGCAGAGAUGUCUCACUAUUACUCAGAGGAAUACUCCACAUGUGAUGAGCUGGCUAGGACUGGCGAAGCAGAUUUCUCUUUCACAAGCUCAGAUGAUGAGUCUAGAGCUGGGACUCCCUCACUAGUCAACUACCUCAAGAAAGCUGGGAAGACAAGUGUCAGUGUUACUAGCAAGGUUCAAUCCAUCUCCACGGGCAAGUUAUGGAAACAGUGGGAGAAAUCCAGUGUGGAAACUGCUGUGCCGGCCCCAUCUGCUAAGCCCGCUGAACCAGAAAUAACAGAUUUAGAUGAUCCUUCCAUGAACAAGGCAGCUGUAAAGAUCCAGGCUGCUUUCAAAGGCUACAAAGUCAGGAAGGAGAUCAAGCAACAAGAGUGCCCAGUGUUUGCCGAGACCUUCAAAGAUUUCUCUGGUGAGCCUGGAAGCACUCUCCACCUUGAGUGUGUGGCCCACAGCAAAACUGAUAUGCAAAUCCGUUGGCUGAAAGACGGGGAAGAGCUUUCAGAUGGUCGCUACUACCAUAUCGACAAUUACAGUGAUGGGACCUGCUCUUUGAUUAUCACUGGCCUGGAUAUGAAAGAUGCAGGUGAAUACACCUGUGAAGCAUCUAAUAAAUUUGGCAAGGUUUCACACAGUGCUAAGGUAGUGAUCAGCAGUCAGGAACCUCAGACUGAGAGCUCCUCUGGCAGUGAGCUGGAUGAUGCUUUCCGUAAAGCAGGAAGGAGACUUCACAGGCUCUUCAAGGCCAAGAUCUCAACAGAGAUAUCUGAUGUGGAGGAAGAGCUCUUUGUCAGUGCAGAUGAAGGGGACGUAGAGGUGGUAGACCAUCAGACGUAUCGUGAGGAUGACCAGUACAUCUACAUCAAGUUUGAAAUCUUGUCUGAGGCAAAAACUGCUGCCACUCGCUUCAGAGAGAUGUUUGGUGCUCUGGGAAUCCCUGUGGAAAUUGACAUUUUGGAACAAGGCCCUAAAAAAGUGGAAUUGCGUAUUGGGAAAGCAACACCACCUGCCCUCGAAAAGUUCGCACCACCAGUAGCAAGACCUCCACCACCUUUACUGACUUCUGAUACAGCUCCCAUGUUCGUGACUGAGCUUCAAAACCAAGAGGUACAAGAUGGAUAUCCAGUCAGCUUUGACUGCAUCGUCAUUGGCAAACCUCUCCCGACGGUUCGCUGGUUCAAGGAUGGGAAAGCUAUUGAAGAAAAUGACCAUUACAUGAUCAACGAGGACCAGGAAGGGUGCCAUCAGUUGAUCAUCACAGCUGUGGUCCCUGCUGACAUGGGUGUUUACCGUUGCCUCGCUGAAAACAACAUGGGAGUUGCUUCAACCAAAGCUGAGCUUCGAGUGGACUUGACCAGCACUGACUAUGAGACAGCAGCAGAUGCAACAGAGACAUCCUCCUACUACAGUGCCAAAGAGUAUGUUUCAAGCCGAGAACAGGAGGAGUCUACCACUGAAGAGGAGCAAUUGCCUCAGAUCCUCGAUGAGCUUCAUGAUAUUCAUGUGGCACCUGGAGCAUCUUUGGCUAAGUUUCACCUGAAAGUGAAAGGGUACCCAGAGCCUCGCCUCUAUUGGUUCAAAGAUGGACAACCAUUAAAGGCCUCGGACCGUAUCCUGAAGAUUGAUAAAAGAGAAUUCCACUCACUGGAAAUUCUCAAUGUCACCAAGGCUGAUGCUGGCCAAUACUCAAUAUUUGUCAUUAACUCUGCUGGUUCUGCGUAUUCAUCAGCCAGGCUGGUAGUCAAAGUGCCUGAUGAGAAAGAAGAACCACCAGAAACAGAUGCCCAUGAGCAGCUGAUACCACCGAGGUUCCUGGAAAGAUUUACUAAUAAAAAGGUUAAGAAAGGUGCAAGCAUCACAUUAUCUGUAAAAGUUGAAGGAUAUCCACUACCAACUGUCACUUGGCUGAAAGAAGAGUCUGAGGAAGACAUCCUUUGGAUCAAACCAGACACUCCUGGGUAUAAACUCGCCAGUUCAAAUAUGCAUCACAGUCUAAUCCUGUUGGACGUUAAAAAGAAGUACAGUGGACCUUAUACAUGCAUUGCUACCAACAAGGCUGGCCAGUCCAUCUGCACUGCCACCCUAGAAGUUGCAGACGUGAAGGAAGCUGAAGUUCUGACCCAGGAGCGCGUGAUGGUAUCAGAAGCUAUAAUGACCACACUGGGAGCUGUCCAUCCCUCUGAAGCAAGAGUAGGAGACCUUGACGGUGAAGCUGGUAAAGAGGGUGUACACAAAAGCCCAAUUUCCUUAGCUGAUGUUGGAACAGAAGAGUUCUUCCAGAAACUCACCUCCCAUAUCUCAGAAAUGGUAUCUGCAAAAAUAAGUCAAGCCACGCUUCGAGUACCAGGUGCAGAUAGCGACGAUGAAUCAAAAACUCCUUCUGCAUCUCCUCGCCAUGGUCGAUCCAGGCCUUCAUCCAUUGCUCAGGAGUCCUCCUCUGAAUCUGAAGAUGGGGAUUCCAGAGGCGAGAUCUUUGACGUCUACAUGGUCACUGCUGACUUUGUGCCUGCUGCGCCUGACAAGGAAGCCAUCACUUUGAAGGAAGGCCAAUAUGUGGAAGUCCUUGAUUCGGCUCAUCCACUGAAGUGGCUAGUCAGGACUAAACCCACAAAAUCUAGCCCCUCCCGACAGGGUUGGGUAUCUCCAGCUUAUCUUGACAAGAAAUUAAAGUUGUCACCAGAGUGGGGAUCAACAGAGGCUCCCGAAUUCCCUGGAGAAUGUGUUUCUGAAGAUGAAUACAAAAGGAAGCUGACUGUUGUUAUUCAGGAACUGCUGAUCUCAGAAGAGGAUUACAUUCAGGAUUUACAGUUCCUUCAGUCUCAUCACCUCAAGUACACUGAGACCUCUCCCAAUGUCCCAGGAGCUGUUUCCAGUCAGAAACGCAUCAUCUUCAGAAAUAUCGAUGACAUUACUCGUUUCCAUUACAGUGUCUUCCUCCGAGACUUGCAGAAAUGUGACACUGAUGAUGACGUGGCCAUGUGCUUUAUUAAGCGUGAGGCAGAGUUUGAUAAGUACAUCCAUUACCUGGUGGGGCGGAUACAGGCCGAGUCAGUUGUUGUCAGCAAAGCUGUCCAGGAUUUCUACAAGAGAUACACAGAUGAAAUUUUACCUAGAGAAGAUCCUUCGCAGCCACUUAUCCCACCACUGCAGCACUAUCUAGAAAAACCCAUAAACAGGAUCCAGCAGUAUCAGACUAUUAUCAAGGAAUUAAUCCGAAACAAAGCAAGAAAUAGCCAAAACUGUGCCUUGCUGGAGCAGGCUUAUGCCAUUGUGUCUGCGCUCACGCAAAGAGCAGAAAACAACCUCCAUGUCUCACUGAUCGAGAAUUAUCCAGGGACCUUGGAAAGCCUUGGUGAACCCAUCCGACAGGGCCACUUCAUUGUCUGGGAAGGAGCUCCAGGAGCCAGAAUGGCAUGGAAAGGACACAAAAGACACGUCUUCCUCUUUAAGAGUUACAUAGUGAUCUGCAAAUCAAAGCGGGACACAAAGACAGACACCUACAGUUACAUCUUCAAGAACAUAAUGAAGCUGAGCAACAUAGACGUGAAUGACUCUGUGGAAGGAGACGACCGGGCGUUUGAAAUCUGGCACGAACGAGAAGACUCAGUCCGCAAGUACCUCCUUCAGGCGCGUACAGUGAAUAUCAAGAACUCCUGGGUGAAGGAGAUCUGUGGCAUACAGCAGCGGAUCAGUCAGCCUAUCUGGAUACCUCCGGACUUUGAGGAAGAACUGGCAGACUGUACAGCUGAGCUGGGAGAGACAGUCAAGCUGGCUUGCAAAGUUACAGGAGCUCCCAAGCCGUCUGUGUGCUGGUAUAAAGAUGGGAAGCCAGUGGAGGUGGAUCCCCAUCACAUUAUAAUAGAAGAUCCUGAUGGUUCCUGCACACUGAUCUUGGACAACCUAGCAGGCAGUGACUCAGGACAAUACAUGUGCUUUGCUUCCAGUCCUGCUGGACAUGCCAGUACGUUAGGGAAGAUCCUUGUUCAAGUGCCGCCACGGUUUGUGAACAAGGUUAGAAACGCUUAUUAUGUCGAUGGUGAAGAUGCUCAAUUUACCUGUACUAUUGAAGGAGCACCUAGGCCUCAAAUCAGAUGGUACAAAGAUGGUGCACUGUUGAAGGACACCAGUAAAUACCAGACUUUCAGUGAACCACGGAGUGGCAUGUUAGUCCUGGUGAUCAAGAACCCUGCCAGGGAAGAUAUGGGAUACUAUGAAUGUGAACUGGUGAACAGAUUAGGGUCAGCAAAAUGUGGAGCAGACCUAUACCACCACAGUGCGGCAGCCCUGACUCAGGAGAGGAGAGGAGACCAAGCCGUUGCCAUAGAAGUCACUGAACAAGAGACUAAAGUGCCCAAGAAAACCAUCAUCAUAGAGGAAACAAUAACCACUGUGGUGAAGAGCCCAAGACAAAAGGGAAGGGUUUCUCCUGCACGUCCUUCUUCAGGUUAUUCGCCGUCCCGCUCCCCAAGAGCGGAGCCAACUCCAGAACCGGUUUAUGUGUCAAAGAUCAGACAGCCAGUCCACAGACAUGAACAGGAGGCAACGGCAAAGUCUGCUGUUCCCAUGCUUUUUGUAACAGAACCAGAGGACAGGCAAGGAGCAGCAGCUAGAGAUAUCGUCAUAGAGACCAAGAUAGAAGAGCAAAAGCCCAAAUGGGUUGAAGUGGAAGAAAUAAUUGAAUUUAAGGUGAAAAAAUCACCGAAACCUAUGAGGAAAAGAGGGUCUUCGCCAGUAAAACAAGAAAAAGACGACUCAGGGGUGUUAACAUUCACUUUUCCCAGCUCUAGGCCUAGGCGUUCCCCAGAAGAUGAUCCGAACACAAACAACUCCAACAAUAAAUUAGUGGAACAGUCAAAAUCUUCUUUGCCCAAAGACAGUCUCUCUGAUGUUGAUAUCCAGCCCCUGGCAUAUGCAAGCGAUCAGGAAGGACCUCCAGUCAGCAGUGAAGACAGAAGUUCUCCCUGUGGAUCUGAGCAGCUAGGAACCAAUUCAUUUAGCGAUUAUGGAACUGAAGGGAAGAGCUGCACACAGGAAACAAGUGCUAACUAUGUUUCAGAAGUCACUUCCCCGUUACUUGCCUGUGGGGGUGAGCCUUUGGUCUUCAGUUUUGAGACAGCUGCUGCAGACAAGCAUGAACUUCUGUUCUCUCCAGUGAGUGCAGAGGUUAAAGAAGAGGCAGAUGAAUUAGACAUGUCUUGGCCUGCUGAAGAGGCGGUACCAGAAGUGACACAAGAUAUCUUUCCUGAAGAGGACAAUGUCAUGAUAGUUGAUGAACCAGAGGAACUACAGACGGAUGACAUUAGCACCCGGGACCGCAAAAUCCUAACCCACAAUGGAAAAGUACUAACUUUAGAGGAUCUUGAAGAUUAUGUUCCUGAAGAAGGUGAGACCUAUGGGUGCGAUGAUCAGAACCAUACGGCAGACAAACCCUGUGAGAUCUCUGUGCUCCAGACAGAGAUUAAUGAGCCAACGAUUGGGAAGCCAGUGCUGCUGAAUCUGGGGAGACAUGUUGUUUCCAAGCCAAGGCAGAGAUUUUUCAGCAAGUUUGAGGAGCAUAUUCCUGGAGGCGUGUUUGUGUCAGCCUCUAGAGUAACUGGUGUGCAAUCUGUAGGCCCCUCAAAUAUCUCUUUCCACGUCAGUGAUACCUGCAUGGCAGCAACGCCUGGAGUGCAUGCAGCAACAGCAUCAGCGUCUUCUGGUCCCUCCUUUACUGUGAAACCGUCGUUCUGCACCGAAGUCCAGCUCUCAGCGGACAAUGGGCAGUCAAGCUUUAAAACUGAAGUUUCCACAAGAACCCUCAGCUAUGGGACAAUUGGCGAGCCUGUUACAUUGCAUAUCAGCACGGAAGACCUCUCCGAAAGAGAGACUUCCCCGCAGUCAGAGACGGAAACUUCUGUCCAGGCCUCACUUGAACGCGCUGAUAAGGAGAUCAAGACAGCUCUAAGGAAACUUGUGGAUUCAGCGUCACUGCUUGUGACCCUUCCGCCAGGCGGGCGAGGAGGAGCUGGUGGUCUCAGCCUUCUUGAGUCCGUGCCUUCUGACUGCUCAGAAACAGGAGCUGGGCCUCCUCUGAUAGUUCACGAAGCCAGUACCCAAACCCAAAUUACUGAAGGGCAUGACAAAGCACAAAGCCCAGUUCCAGCUGAAGAACCAAGUGCGACAAAAUCCAGGCCUGGUCCUUCCCAAAAAGAGAUGGCUGCUGGAGCUGAAAGGACUCAGGAACGCACUGUUCCCAUCACCAGAACAUCACCAGCCACGGGGGCAGGAGACUGGUAUAGAAGAGAAGGAGAUGUGGUCUGGGAUGUGCACAGUGAAGUUUAUAUUGAGACCACGGAAAGAACUUGUGUAUAUAAGACUGAGGAGAAGACCCCAACAAGUGCGCCCUACAUGCAAGUGACAAUAGAGGAUGUGCAGGUGAAUUCUGGGGAGCGUGCCCAAUUUCAGGCAGUUAUUGAAGGAAACCCUCAGCCUACUGUUUUGUGGUUUAAGGGCACUUCCUUGUUGACAGACAGCCACAGGCUGCAUCAAGUGAAGGAAGGAACAACAUAUUUCUUAGUCCUGGACAACGUUGUCUCAGAAGACGGUGGUGUUUAUACCUGUGUUGCCAAAAAUGCCGGAGGGGAGGUUUUGUGCAAAGCAGAGCUUAUUGUACAUGAAGGUAACAAAGACCAAGCAGCAAAGAAAGUGGCCACCCGGAGAAAGCUCCAUUCCCUCUAUGAGGUUAAACAGGAGAUCGGAAGGGGCUGCUUCAGCUUUGUCAAACGAGUUGUGCAUAAAGGGAACAGAGUAUCCUGUGCUGCCAAAUUCAUACCUCUGCGAAGCAAAACGAAGGCUCGAGCACAUCAGGAGAGGGACAUUCUUGCCCCUCUGUCCCAUGAUAGAAUUACCAGGCUGCUGGAUCAGUUUGAAACAAGGAAAACUCUGAUUUUGAUCCUGGAAUUAUGCUCCAGCGAAGAGCUCCUUGACCGUUUGUUCAAGAAGAGUGUUGUCACUGAAGCGGAGGUCAAAUUGUAUAUCAAGCAAAUUUUGGAAGGAAUCAAGUAUCUUCAUGACAACAACGUCCUUCAUUUGGACAUUAAGCCCCUGAAUAUCCUCAUGGUUUAUCCUGAAAGGGAGGACCUCAAGAUCUGUGACUUUGGAUUUGCUCAGAAGAUCACACCAUUUGAGCCUCAGUUCAGCAAAUAUGGGUCUCCAGAGUUUGUUGCCCCAGAAAUCGUCUCUCAGUCACCAGUCUCGAAAGCGACUGAUACCUGGGCUGUUGGAGUCAUCACAUAUUUAAGCCUAACGUGCAAGUCUCCAUUUGCUGGGGAGAACGACAGAGGAACCCUUCUAAAUAUCCAGAAUGGAGAAAUUUCAUGGACCCUUCCUGAUUUCCUUCACUUGAGUGAAUAUGCACAGGAUUUUAUAAAGCGGAUCCUGCAGCAGCGCCCUGAAGCCAGGCCUAGCGCUUUGGACUGUCUGUCCCACAGGUGGUUCAUGCAUAAUCUCCCCCUUGAAGCAGCUCAUUUUAUUAAUACCAAGCAGCUCAAAUUCAUUGUGGCUCGGAGCAAGUGGCAGCGUUCUCUGAUGUGCUAUAAAUCCAUAUUGGUAAUGCGAUCCAUUCCAGAAAUCCUAGAAAGGACUCAUGACAACACCUCCCUGGCCAUCUCCCGACAUCUUAUUGAAGAAAGCACUUCCUCUAGUACGAGUGGUUCCUCUUCAGACAAUGAGAACUCGCACUUCCCCAACAAGAGACACUUCGGCUCUACCCCUGAACUGCACUUGUCCAUCUUUGAUGCACCAAGCAGUCAGAAACUUCCAAAACAUGCAAGUGAAGAGAAGCACUCCAAAAUCUUGGCCCCUCCAGUAAAACCCAUGAGAAGGAAGUAUGCUUCAGGGAAGAGUGAUGUGGGAGACAAAUCACCUACAGAAAGCAAAGAAAUCAUGGCAAGUGCAUUAGGACAGCAAGAGGAGGAACUCCAUCACAAACCUCAAGACGAAAGGGCAGAACAGUCCCAAAAAAGUAACGCAGCUGAGCCUUCAUCAGUGACAGUUUCUGUAGAUGACACAUUGAGUCUAUGUCAGAAAGAAAAAACAGAUACAUUUGUAUCUGGUAAGGACAAAACUGAAAAGGUUGGGGAUAGGACAGAAAAACCACCUUUAUGUGUUCCGAGACAGAGUGUCAUUAAAAGCACUUUCUACAGCCAAGCAGCUGAGCUUCCUGCAAGGGGCUCUUCCUCUCCAGGCAGGGAGCUCAGAAGGCACUUGGACAGAGCCAGAAGGACUUUCUGGAAAGCUGGAUAUUCAAAGGUGCCCAUCAGUGGUCUCCGUGAACCCCUUCUAGAACAGUUUGAACUGGAGGAAGAAGAAGAAAGAAAGUCUGAUGAUGGAGGGCACCGGGAAAGUCUGCUUGGUCCCUUGACCAAAUCAGCUUCAUUUGAUACUGCAAGGAAACCGCCACAUCCUGCCAUUGCUGGUUCUAGUCGAAGCCGUUCACUGGAUGAUUACAGGCUGAGGGCCUCAAGAUCCGUGAGGGAACAAGAUAUUUUGGAAGAAGACUAUGAUAUAACGUCUCAGGAAAGUUGCCCUGAAGGCAGUCAGCACUGUGAUAUUUCCGCUGAGCCUGGCAAGGGAUGUUCCGUAGACGUUUCAAAGCAAGAGGACUCCAGCAGAACCAGAAAGGAUCGUUCAGGAGAACAGCUUUCUAUUUCUACAGAGUGCAAGGGUAACGGAUGCCCAGCUGUUACUUUGGAACAGCUGGAGAGACUUCCAGUAUCACUUCACAGGAGUGAGAAUAGGAAGCAUUUACUUAAGAAGUCAAAAGCUACUUACAUGGAGGAGGAAGCUGAUGAUUUAGAAGGCAAAGGCCCCAUUCUAACUGCCCAGCGAUCAGACAUAACUGCGCCAUCAGGUCAAAAGCAGGAAGGCAUUCAGGCUAAAUCUCCCUGUGGCAUCGUUUCUGAGAUAGCUCUUCAGGAGGCUGAGCAGCUCAUUUCAGCUCUUCCACCGUCAGAGACCACCUCCAAGUCAUCCUCUACAAGUAAGAGAGGAGAGUAUCUGCACCAGGAGUCAAAGCCCUCCGCUGAUGGCACUGACAGCCAUCCUGAUCUAAAAGGUGAAAACUUCCAUAUUAAAAGGACUGUUUCAGUUCCACCUUGUAAAGACAAAAGCCCAGAGCAUUCACUUCAGAAGCCUUCUGCUCACAGUGAUGCUAAGUCUGAUCUCAUGGAGCACGAAAGUCCUUCUAUUUUAACAAGCCCACAAACAGAUUUACCUCCAGUACGUAAGGACAAAAGUCAGGGACUUUUUGAUCAAAGUAUUCCAGCAACUACUGUCUUGGAAGACAAAGAGCCAGCUUUCCGAACAGCUCUGCAAACAGCUAACAAAGAUAGUCACCAGGAGCUGAAGACCUAUAAAGAGGUGCGAUCUGCUGUCUUGGAGGAUGAAGGACCAGGCGUUGCAGGGCUUGGCCCAGUAUCAGCCCGAGAUGGUGAAAGCCAAGUGCACAAAAAGCCCUCUGUUCAUGUAGGUACAGCAUCAGCAGCUCUUCCUGUUGUUCUGAAAGUCCCACCCCCAAAACCACUGCCAACUUCCAUCUCCGACAAAGCACACCAAGCAGAAAGGGAAUGGCCAGCUUAUAGCAAGGAGAAGCAGGCUGCUCAGCAGGGUGAAGGUUCAGCUCUUGCAGACGCUGUUCCCAUUUUGGUCCAAGAAGCUGAAAUCAAGGGAGCUGAAGACUGGAAGGCUUCUCAGUGCAGUGGCACCAUGCCUGCUGUUCUGGAGGGCAGACCUCCGGCUGCAACUGUUUCACCACAAGAUAUUAGCCUCCCUGCAGUCUAUGAGAGUGAAAAGCAAGAACAUCCACAGCUAUUACUUUGUAGUGAGGUGAAAUUUGCUGUCUCAGGAAGCAGAAGUCUAACUGCUGAACAGCCUAUCCCUGCUUCUUUCUCCAGGACUGAAAGUCAGGCAUAUGAGCAGCAGAAGGCUGCAUAUCACAGUGGCAAAGUUUCUGCUGCUGUGGAGGGCAUGCAUUCAGGUAUUUUAACUCCUUUACAUGUAGAAGGUUCCCCAGCUUCAGUCUAUGACCUAGAACAUGAAGAACAUCCAGAGGUUUACGGUGAGGGAAGAGGUGCUGCCUCAGUGACUAGAAGCUCUGAUACGGGAAAAACUGUCCCACCAUUGCUCCGUGAGAAUCGAAGUCGGGAGGUCUCACAGCAAAGGUCUUCUUUCUACAGUGAUGAGGAGUCUGCUGUGCUGGAGGGCUUAGUGGAUGAGAUGGUUUCCCUGUCUGAAGAGAUGAACAUUUGGGCAGAGUCAGUUUCUGCUCAGGAGGAAGGCAGAAAGCACAUAUCUUCUGCCACAGACGUGUCCUACAAAGAGCCUGGUGGUCAAGCACCCAUGGAAAGUCUCUUUCCUUCUGGUCAAAGCAGUAGAGGAGGAGAAGUAGCUGAGCUGGAUGAUCUCACAGAACCUGAUCUUGCUGUGCAUGAAGAGUCAGCUGUACUGAAAGGACAGGAAGCACAAAUGGUUCCUCAUGAAUGCGAGCAUCUGGAGGACUUAGCGUUUGAAAGCCUCAAUUCUAGACAAGUAGGCAUUUCCCAGACUGAUAGCUUGGAUUCUGGGAAAAAAAACAGUCAAGUCUCAGUGAGCAAAGACACUGGUAAACACCCAGAAGUGUCUUUAGUGAAAAUCAAAGAUCUGUCAGAUGAAGCACCUAGUCUUGGCAGUGGAACUCCAAAACUUGACAUAUCGGAGGUAGAGCCCGCCUAUUUGAAUUUCUCGGAUUUAUAUGACAUUGUCUAUUUUCCAUUUGAAUUUAUGAACUUUAGGAAGCCUCCACCCAAACCAACUGGUAGAAGAUUUAUACCUUUUGGUGAAAGGGCAAGGUCACCUCCUGCAGGACAUUUGCGUAAGGAUAAAAGACUAUGCAUCAGAGAAGAGGCAGAGGAGAGAAACAGGCAAAACCAUUUGGAAAAACCUGAGAAUUCAAAGGCAACUAACCUUUUAGCCAUGGGGGAAGGGUCAGAGAGUCAUAAGGAAAUGUAUGGCUCCCAAAAGGACCCAAGCGGUAAGCAGAAAAGCUCCUACAGCAAGCCAGGGCUCUUUAAACCCUAUGGAAGGUCUCAUUCAGUGGAGCAGUCGGUGGAGCAGAGUCUGAAGAAGAAAGUUAAAGCUUCUGUUGCCCAUAUUUCAAGAAUCCUAAAAGGAAAGGCAGCUUCUGAGCAAGAGGCAGAGGAAGCAGAGAUUGGUGUGCUGGGAAGUGAUGCAAUAGAAAAAGAGCCAUUAACAGGAGCUGAAGGAUCUUUGAAGAGGAAAUCGGGACUCUCUUCAUUCAAGUUAUCAAGCCUCAUGCCAAAGGAGAAAGCACCUUCAUUUGUUGAAGAGCUUGUAGACCAGGCUGCUGCUGUAGGACAGUGUGCAACUCUGUCGUGCCGGACGGCGGCUCACUCCUCCCUGCACGUCGACUGGUUCAGAGAUGGGAGGCCCAUCCACAGCAGCAGCCGGAUCCUCAUCUCAUCCACACUCAAAAACUUCCAGCUGUUAACUAUUCUCUCUGUUAAUGCUGAUGACUUUGGUAUUUACACCUGUGUGGCCACCAACUCUCUGGGCUCAGCAUCCACCUCUUGUAUCAUAAGAAAAGCUGAAGUUCCUCCAAGCCCUCCACCUCCUGACAUCGUGGAGGUCUACAAGGAUGGAGUGCAAGUGGUCUGGAAGCCUGUGGAAACCAGCACCCCUGUUCUCUACACUGUGCAGUGCAAGAGCGAAGGUAAAGGGGAGCUCUGCCCUUAUACAUGUGCUUCGUUCUCGAUUAACGUGAGCGUGGGCAGCAGCUUUCUGCCUUUUUACUCUGUACUUGGUGUCAGUCACUUUUCCGCCAACACAGCCUUCUUUAUUAUUACUUCUUUUGAAGCAACUGUAGUCAAGACUUUGGGAAUGGGUCCUUACAGCAACCCAUCUGACAAAGUGAAGAUCAGUGAGACAGAUGAAAUGGAGUUUCAUGCUACGCUGCAGAACUUCCCAUCAACUGCUACUGAGGAAGAGAGUGAAAUAAUAGCACCGUCCGAACCUUUCCCAACCUACCAAACCUAUGCCUUCCAGACAGAGAUCAAAAGGGGGCGUUUCAGCAUAGUCCGACAGUGCAGGGAAAAAGUAAGCGGCAAGACUUUAGCUGCUAAAAUCAUCCCUUACUGGCAAGAGGACAAACAGACUGUGCUCCUGGAGUACCAAGUUCUGAGGAAGCUUCAUCACACAAACAUAGCUCAGCUCAAGGGAGCCUAUGUCAGCCCACGGCACUUGGUGUUGAUCCAGGAGAUGUGCGUGGGACCGGAACUACUCCAUUCUUUGGCACUACGGCCAUCCUACUCAGAAGUGGAGGUCCGAGAUUACCUGUGGCAGAUCCUCAGUGCAGUUGAGUACCUCCAUGCGCACAGCAUCCUGCACUUGGAUCUCAGGUCUGAAAACAUGAUAAUCACUGAGCCCAACCUGCUGAAACUCCUGGAUUUUGGCAAUGCACAGUUCUACACACAAGACAAAGUUAUUACCAUGGACAAGUGCAUAGACUAUGUUGAAACCAUGGAACUGUUGACAGAGCAGGGAGCUCUCCCUCAGACUGACGUCUGGUCCAUCGGAAUCACGGCAUUCAUCAUGUUGAGCGCCAACUACCCCGUCAGCUCUGACAUAGCCUGCGAGUUUCUGAGAACGACCAGGAAGGGGAAAGUGAAGCUCACGCGGUGCUAUGCUGGUCUUUCUGGAGGGGCAGUGUCAUUUCUCCAGGGCACACUGUGUGCAAAUCCCUGGGGAAGGCCGUCAGCCUCAGAGUGCCUUCAGAGCCCGUGGCUCCAAGAGACAGGUUUGGACAACAGACAGCAAGCGCUGGUUACCUUUCCCACCACCAAACUGAGGAAUUUCCUCGUGGAACGGGAAAAGAAAAGGGGCCUGCUGUGCUCCAAGUAUGGCCUGAUGAUUGCACAGUGAAGUGGAUGAGAAGACAGCGGUGAAUUGUCUCCCUCCCCACUUCUGCCUUUAGUGUUUACUCCCAAAGGAUACUGUCAAGUUACUGUGCAUCAGCUGAGUUAGCGUAACUGCCUAGAGUUGUGCACUUAGCUCUCUGCGAAUGCAGCUUAGCAUACCUGUGAGCAAAUCUCAUUCACGUUGCUUGCAUUUGCCACAGGGUAAGAAUGGAUGCAUGGACCGUUAAAAUGGCUCAUCUGACUAAUUGUAACUUGACGGUAGGUGUGUCACUUGGCUCCGAGCUUCCUGGAAUAACCACGACAGAUUUGUCUAGCCAGUUCUGAAUGGGACUAGCUACCUUGCCUGUGUAGCUUUGCAAAUCCUUCCCUGAAGUCAGAAAAACUCCAUGUAUGCAAACACAGAGACUCCUGCCCCUUAGUCUCAGGAUAAAACACCAGGCACCCUUUCAAAUAUUACUGUACGGCUCAUCCCACAGUAACAACUGCAGCAAGGCUGGAGAGACAGAUGGGUUUUCUCACCUGCCUCAAAUCUGAAAGAAUUCAAUAAACAGUUAUGAUCGGAAAAUAGCCCUGAGGCAAGGAGAAGGAAGAGAAGGUGAUAAUGAGACUAUAGGAUGAAAUCAAAGUAAAUAUGUCAGAAAGAUUCACCGUGGGGAAAUAGUACAAAGUGCAGCACCUGCCUCUUUUUGAGCUGAUGGUGAAUAGCAGUGUAUCUAAGGGCUUUAGGUGUAAAGGCCCAGCUGGAUAAAGCUCUGAACAACUUGAUCUGAGCCGAUUGCUGACCCUGCUUUGAGUAAAAGAUUGGACUGGAGACCUCCUGAGGUCACUUUCAUCCUGACUUAUCCUGUGAUCCUACGUAUUUACCAAGUACUAGACGCAAGGCUGCAGCGGUGGGACUCCACCAGCAUGCCUGGGCAGUUGGGCUCAGCGUGUUGCUUGCCUGGCCAAGUACCUGACCAGACAGUGCCAUCCUCACAGGGCCUGGCCCCGGAUUAAACACAAGGUUUUGCCACCCAAGCUAGAGGAGAAUACUUCUAGCUGCAGAGAAGCUGCAAAGGAAGGUACAAUUAUGUGUUAUGUGCAUGACAGUGUUACUGUAGGUGGUGGCUUUCGAGUUAUGGGUGAGUUACAUCUCUUCCUUAUCCUAAUCUUGCAAGUGGCGAUAGCUUGCUUGGCUUUGAGCAGAGUCACUGUUCUCCAUGGGUACCCAACCGUCAUGGUUUGUAAGACCACAAAGCUUUGCUUUAUUUUGGACAGGUAUUUGAAGUCUCCCACUAGACCUUGAUGUAGGCUUACCUGUCGCAUGAAAUCUUAAAGCAAUCCCCCUGCUUCCCGGCUUAACUUUAUCUGCGGCUCAUCUUAGACAUGUGUUAAAGAGCAAACGUACAAACCUGUGAAAAAACAGCUUCGCCAAGCUGUGACUUGGUGUAUGGGCUACUCUAGGAAAGACGUUCCCAAAGGAGGCAAAUAGAGAAUUUUAGUUGCAUGGGCUUCCUCACAAGCAGGGCUAAAAUAGGCCUGUGCAGCAAGCCCUUGCUGAGCACAUCCAAGGCUGUUAGGCAGCUGCCCAGCCUGGAAAGCAGUGUGUGAGGGGGUCACUGCUGUGAAGUCCCUGCCUUGCUUGGCUCCCCAUAGAAAAAGCUCUGUUGCACUGUUUCGUAUCUGUGCGUUCAGCCUGCCACAGGAUAUUCCCACAUAGGGUGUGACUUGGUGGAAGGAGCUUGGCCACAGGGCUAAGGCCUGUUCCCAGGCUUGUGGAAGAUGUGGCAAAGCCGGGAUCAACAUAGAGUCGUUUUGGUAAAUGCCUGCAUGUUAAAAGCCCCUCUGUACUACAGUAAUGACCUAGAGCAUUAUAAAUUUUCAGCACAGCAAGCGUAUUGUUGUUAAGUGAACGGAAGACCUCAGGGUAGAAGCCUGCUUUGACCGCGUGGUCUAGGUGGUUCAUGUUGCUGGUCGUUCUGGCUGUGUGUGGACAGCACAUACUUGCUCUGCUAUAGCAUAGACAGCAACCCUUCUACCAACGCAAGGAACGAGAAAUUGGGGCUGGGGCUGACCAGCAAUCGCGCUCAAAUAAUCACGUAGUUAGUACCAUUCUCAGCUUUGCAGGCCAAAAUGUGCCACGGAGAAACUUAUACGUCACUCUCCCUGUAAGUCUCAGUUUUAGAUCCUGCGAUUCCUGGAGCCUGGGGGGGACAUCCAAGGUGGUUGCAGGCUGUGAGAGCAGUGCGUUGAAGCAAAGUGGGCUAGACCGUGCUUUCGCUUCGGAUGGCUUUAAAUGUAAUUACGCAGCAGUAAAAGCAUCAGACACCAUGAUGACCGUGACCUUAUUAAGCGCAGAAGUUUUAUUGCUGAUAGACACUGGCAGUUCAAAGUGCAGCUGCUAUUUUCUGGGGAGCGUACAGGCACGCCUUUCAAGCGAUGUGAAAACAGUGCCGUUGGCAAAUGCUGUAUGUUUUAAUUCUUCAUAAAAUCCAAAGCAUCCUGACGUUGCACGUACCUCUCUGUUCUUCAGAAGCUGCUGGGCAUUGCUUUCCUCUACCGUGGAUGGUAUCAGCUGUGCAGUUUCUUUGUGCUUUAUAACCUCAGUGUUCCUUUGAGUUUCUGUGAAGUGAAAGAUGUAUCUAUUGGUUCUGCUGAGUUUCUUGAGUUUUCCUUACAAGCAGCAUGUGAUAGGAUGCUUUCUCAGAGCAGUAGCUGGCUGUUUAGAGGGAUGCGAACAGGAAAUCAGUUCCUAACGUAUGAGAAUUUAAUAUCGUCAUGUAGAAGUGACACUGUUAGCAGCGGCAGCUUUUUCCAUCGCAUUCAACCCAUGUUGGUCGAAACCUAAAGCUUAGAGCAUUAUGAUUCCUUCUCUGGUACGGUAUAGGAAGGGUGACUGAGAGCAGAGGAGGUUUCACUGUGCUGGGCAGAGCAGACACGGAUUCGAUAGACUGAAGCUUUGAAUGUCAAAGUUAUCUUGUCUUCAUGAUGCACAAAAGAAGAGGAAACCAAAGGUUUUAGGGCCAGAUUCCAUGCCCGAUUCUCUUGGAGGGCAGAGGCUUUAUGGGAGACAGACACUGUUUUGAGAUCUGGCCCAUUAAACUUUUCAGGACCCUGGAUUCCUUCCAAUUUAACUUAUUUUUACAAAUCCAAGGAGGUUUCUGUUGGCACAGUCUUGAUCUUUACUCUUGCUGGAGCCCUUUGGGAUGGAAAGCUCAGUGCCAGGAGACAACCUAUCUAAGCAUAAAACUUUGGUUGCAGAUUAACUCACCUGGAGCUUUGUCACUCCUCUUUCUUGUAUGACUCAAAUUAAGGGAGGUUUUUUUUUGCUUUUCACAUUUGCAUGCAUUUGAGCAUGUCUGAAGCCUUUUAUAGGCUCAAUAUUGUUUUGUUAAAUAAUGCUAAAUAAACCAUUCUGAAGAAGAAGCCAUAUUUUUCUGCUGAACCAUUGUCGUUGUCAUUAUUUUUAUAUCCUUCCACAAUAUUAUUGUACUAUAUAGCUCUGUAGCACCUGGAGACUUUGGGGGUGUGAAACUGCACCCUCACUAUGUAGCUUCUGAAUGGCCCAGAAAUAGCUCCUGCCUCAUUAGAAAUAGAGAAUAGCUCUGGAUACCACUGCCAAAGGUGUCGGGGUAGUUCUCUUUACAGUGUUUAAAAGGUUCUCUUUAGAGCAGCAAUCUAAAUGUUCCCGCGUUGCCGCGGUGUUGGAGCUCCCUGAGUCCUUCAGGUCAUCGCCCUGCUCCGGACCACCUCUCGCGCCCUUACCCCAGGGAGCUGCCAGGAGGGGAAGGCCCAGCUGUGCACUGCUAAUGCACCCUCACAGGGAAUAUGUCUAAGGAAAAUGCAUAUUUUAUGUUGCCUUUAUUUCCCAAACCCAGCCUGUGUUUGCUCAGGACCUAUCCAACACACCCCUGAUCCGGGCUAACAGAGACCCUAUGCCAUGCAAGCAAUACCAGCAUAUAUACACUGUGCGUUAGCUGUUUGUGAUGACCCUCAUGCAAGUCAUCCACACAAAAAAAAUCCUCUCACUAAAGCAUGCCUUGGGGUGGGGUGUCAUUUGGCCUCCCCUACAUAACUGGGACCCAUAUGGGGCUCCCGUGUGUGUCUCCCGGUGAGUAAGAGGCUGGAGCAGUCUGGAUGCAGCCAGCACUGAUGGCUGAGCGAUGUGGAGUGGUGGGAGAGGUUGGUGAGCUGGCUCGAACGCUGGGGACGUGUCCCUGAAUGGCAGAACGAUACUUCUGUCGAUACCUCUGCCCACUUCGCGUGAGGGCAGGUCUACAGGAGUUCUGGGGGUCUGAAGAACCCUCAACAAGACCAGAAGGUGCUUCCAGUCUCCCCUAGGUUCUUGCUGUCACUCCUUUCUUACGCUUUCCUUCUCCCUAUCUAAUUCUCCUGUUUUCUCCACAACAGACUCUGAAGAUAAUGCCAAAGGAAGGACAUCCACUAAAUGAUGCUUGAAGAUGGCAGGAGUGGCAGAAGGCAUCGCAGCCAGCCAACUUCUGCGCUGGUUACUGCCUUGCACGAACGGCUGUGCUUUCUGCCUCCUGCUCGGCGUAACUGGAUGGGUGCUACAGCGCGAGGCACGCGACUCACUUGGUUUGCUUAGAAACACAUAUUCUGAAAGGGGAGCUUCCCUGUGUAACAGAAAAAAAAUGUAAUGAGGAAUUUUCCCUUCCCAGCACCGUCCCCUCCGAUUAACCCUGCUUUGCCAGAGUCCUAUUCCUUUCCCAUGCACCAUUUUUCCUUUUCCCGUUGAAGUCAAGCUGAGAUUGUAAAGCACUGAAACACAGACGUUUUCUUCUUUUUUCUUUCCAGGGUAGCGCUGGGACCAGGCACCAUCCAAGGAAGCUCAUUUCUAUGAGAGCAUCAGGCCAGUUUUUCAGAUAAAAGCGUUAGCUUCAGGGUCUGACUCUACUGAGAUAAGAGGCAUUUUUAUCUAUCUUAGUUCUGCCCCAAGCGCUUGACAGUUUCUCUCCAAAUUUUGCAACUCUGUAAGGUCUGUAGUUUGCCCUAGAGAUGCAGUUACAACAUAACUCUGCCCUCUGGAGAGCAGAGCCAAAUUUGGCUUUGAUGUUUUGACACACCUGAAAAUGUUUGAGCUGGGUUCCUUGGUCAUAUGUAAUUGCCAAAGUCCAAGGUUAGCAUCGGGGUAAAAUCAAUCCACUGUCCCCAGGCAAGGCUGUGCUUUAAUUCUUGUAAGGGCUGCUGGUGACAGCCUU